CACAGACCUGCCUGCUUCACCCUCACCUCCAAUAACCCUUGGAAGAUCUCUGUUCAGUAUAUAUAAAACGCGGCCCUCUGUCUGAGGACAGUUUUAUUGUCUUCACCGUCGGAUAUCUUUGGGUGUGGGAUUCCUGAUCUGCCAUGAAAGUGCUUUAUUUGCUGGUCAGCCUCGCGGCUACGUCCUGGGCUCGCAGGUUGCACACCCUUCCUGGAGGAUUUGGGGCUUUAGUUUCGUCGUUUGACUGCCAUGAGAAGGUUUUCGGAUAUUAUGCUGAUGUGGAGAAUCACUGCCGCGCUUACCAUGUCUGCUAUCCUCUUUACACGGAAAAUGGAGCUUUACUGGACGUGGCUCACUUCUCGUUCAUGUGCGGCAUGAACCUCGUAUUCAGCCAGGACUCGCUCACAUGCUCGCAUCGCAACGAGGCCUUCCCUUGCGACCAGGCGCCUUCCCUCUACGAAGUAUCCAACGCAGACUUCGGCGUCGUGGCAGAUGAGGGAGAGGGAAGGGGCUCCAGGGAGGACGAAGACAAGUCAGAUACGGCGACUGAAGAAAGAAAUUCUUAAUCUAACCCAUCUUAUUGGUGCGCAUUAAAAGUUGUUAAAAGUUC